AUGCAAAAUAGUUUAGUUAAAGGAGUAUCUUAAGGAUAUAGAUUAAGAAUGAAUUCUUAGCCCACAUUUAAGCAGUUAAUAGAUUAUAUCAGGUUUUUAAGGGAAUUUGAAGAGGAGACUUACUGA